AUGGGAUUCGAACCCGAUGAGUUGCCGGUCGAUGCAAGCCCGGUCGUCGUCCAAGAGGCCAGGACCGGCGGUGACACGGCGACCUGGCGGCCGCUGUUUCGCCACCCAUGCGCCUUCGGCCCUUCCGUCUUUAACAGUGUCAUGAUCAACCUCAUUCAGAACCCCAACAUCAACUCGUCAUGGCUCUUCCGCGCCAAUAUCCUCUAUGACGCACCCGAGGCCCUGCCCUCCGCUGAGCCAUCCGGAGCCGAAUGCACCCCGGACAUCCCUUCAUUUGUCGGCUUUGAGCUCCGGCGAUGCAUGGUCCGCAAGCUCAUUCCCAGGAACACACUGAGGGACCAACCUCUUGAUCAGACCUGUGUGUUCUAUCAAAGUCCCUCUUACAGCCAUGAGAGUCUUGGGGCUCCCGUUCAACAGACGCUUGUCGUCUACCUCCCUCACGUCUCUUCCGCUUCCGAGAUGCCCUUCUAUCACCCCGUAGUUAGGGGGAUAGCCUUUUUGCACGAAUGGAUUGCCGCGGAGUUGCGCGGGUCCAUCUCCAUCUCGUACUUGUUCUUUGACGAGGCUGACCGCUCCUCGGUCAAGCUGACGAGAACUGCCCUGCGUUUGCUGGAAGUCAUCCACAAGCACGGCAAAGGCCGGGUCGAGGGCUAUCAGAAGAGAGUUCACCAUGACCAGCUGGUGCCCCAAGCGCGGGUGCAGGACACGUACACGGGGCUCAAGCAGAAGUAUGCUCGGGAUCUCAUAAAGAGCUGGGCCGAGGUGACCGACCCGGUCAAACAUGUCUUUGAGGAUCUCUGCAUUGCAGCCUUUCUGAUCGAGCUGUGGGCCGACAUGUACAGCCAGGAACCCUUUCCCGGCUUUGUGGACAUUGGAUGUGGCAACGGGCUCCUGGUUCAUAUUCUCAACCGAGAAGGCUUCGCCGGAUGGGGCUUCGAUGCGCGCUCGCGCAAAUCAUGGGCCAACUACAACACGCAGUUGCAGACCUCUGACGGUAUCCAAGAUUCGCUGCGCCAGCUUGUCCUCCUUCCGCCGCCAGUCAGCAGAGAAGGUCUAGCAGACGUCUCGAGUGAUACUUUCAAUGAGAAGCUGAUCCACGACGGCUGCUUCCCCAAAGGUACAUUCAUCAUUUCCAACCAUGCUGACGAGCUCACCCCUUGGACUCCUAUUCUUGCCGCCAUGUCCGAGUGCCCUUUCAUUGCGAUUCCGUGUUGCAGCCACAAUCUCUCCGGAGAGAAGUUCCGAGCACCAGUGCCCAAGGACAAGACUAAGGCUGAUACCGCAUACUCGUCGCUGGUGGUAUGGCUGUCGGACAUUGCAAGAGAUUGUGGCUGGGAGGUUGAGCAAGAGAUGUUGCGGAUUCCCAGCACGCGCAAUGCGGCCUUGGUCGGACGCAAGAGGACGACGCAACUUUCCUCUCCUGACUUCCAAGCCAUCGUUGCCAAGUAUGGAGGCACUGCCGGGUACUUGGAGACCGUGGUCAAGCUAGCCACCUCCACGCAAGGAACGGGCCAUCACGGUGAUUAG